CGCCCUCCAGCCCGCUGCGCGCCAGCCGCCGCCUGGUCAUGUCAGGAUGGAGAUCCGGCAGCACGAGUGGCUCUCGGCCUCCCCCCACGAGGGCUUCGAGCAGAUGAGGCUCAAAAGCCGCCCCAAGGAGCCCUCGCCGAGCCUGACUCGAGUGGGCGCGAACUUCUACAGCAGCGUCAAGCAGCAGGACUACAGCGCCAGCGUCUGGCUCCGGAGGAAAGACAAGCUGGAGCACUCCCAGCAGAAGUGCAUCGUGAUCUUUGCCCUGGUAUGCUGUUUUGCCAUUCUCGUGGCAUUGAUAUUUUCUGCCGUGGACAUCAUGGGAGAGGAUGAGGAUGGACUCUCAGAAAAAAAUUGUCAAAAUAAAUGUCGAAUUGCCCUGGUGGAAAAUAUUCCUGAAGGCCUUAACUAUUCAGAAAAUGCACCAUUUCACUUAUCACUUUUCCAAGGCUGGAUGAACUUACUCAACAUGGCCAAAAAGUCUGUUGACAUAGUGUCUUCCCAUUGGGAUCUCAACCACAGUCAUCCAUCAGCAUGUCAGGGUCAACGUCUUUUCGAAAAGUUGCUCCAACUGACUUCGCAAAAUAUCGAAAUCAAGCUAGUGAGUGAUGUGACCGCAGACUCAAAGGUAUUAGAAGCCUUGAGAUCAAAGGGAGCGGAGGUGACCUACAUGAACAUGACCGCCUACAACAAGGGCCGGCUGCAGUCCUCCUUCUGGAUCGUGGACAAGCAGCAUGUCUACAUCGGCAGUGCUGGCUUGGACUGGCAAUCCCUGGGACAGAUGAAAGAGCUCGGUGUCAUCUUCUACAACUGCAGCUGCCUGGUCCUGGACUUACAAAGGAUAUUCGCUCUGUACAGCUCAUUAAAAUUCAAGAACAGAGUGCCUCAGACCUGGUCCAAGAGGCUCUAUGGUGUCUAUGACAACGAGAAGAAAUUGCAGCUUCAGUUGAACGAAACCAAAUCUCAAGCCUUUGUGUCGAAUUCUCCCAAACUCUUUUGCCCUAAAAACAGAAGCUUCGAUAUCGACGCUAUCUAUAGUGUGAUAGAUGAUGCCAAACAAUACGUAUACAUCGCUGUCACGGACUACCUGCCUAUCUCCAGCACAAGCACCAAAAGGACUUACUGGCCAGACUUGGAUGGGAAAAUAAGAGAAGCAUUAGUUUUGCGAAGCGUUAAAGUUCGACUCCUUAUAAGCUUCUGGAAGGAAACUGACCCCCUUACAUUUAACUUUAUUUCAUCUCUUAAAGCUAUUUGCACUGAAAUAGCCAACUGCAGUUUGAAAGUUAAAUUUUUCGAUCUGGAAAGAGAGAAUGUGUGUGCUACAAAAGAACAAAAGGAUCACACCUUUCCUAAAUUAAAUCGCAACAAGUACAUGGUGACAGACGGCGCGGCUUAUAUUGGCAAUUUUGACUGGGUAGGGAACGAUUUUACCCAGAAUGCUGGCACAGGCCUGGUUAUCAACCAAGCAGAUGUGAGGAACAACAGGAGCAUCAUCAAGCAGCUGAAGGAUGUGUUUGAGAGGGACUGGUACUCACCCUAUGCCAGGACCUUGCAGCCGACCAAACAGCCGAACUGCUCCAACCUGUUCAGACUCAAACCCCCCAGCAACCAAACUGCCAUGUCCAGCACCAGCUCGAAGGACCCCGCCAGUGCAUAACGUGAAGGAAAGAACUGACAGGACAGCUCAUCUUUCCUACUUCUAUAUAAAGGACUUGAGGAGAGAAAAAAAAAAAACAAUUUAAUAUGUCUUUUUUUAGGGAAAAAGCACACUUCCACAAAAAUAUUCUCCGACCGCCAUGUAAUAUCUUAUCCAACAAUAUCUUAGCAGCGUGUACAUGAAGUUUAGGACUUUUGUAUUUGUUACUCCUGACAGAGAAUGUCAUUUCAGCUUGGAGGUUAGUUUUUACGUUUGCAUACAGAUUUUAAGACUUCCUAGUUUUAGAACUUUUUCUGCCGACCCACCUGGUCGGUUCUUACGAAGCUUAGCAUGAGGUAAAUGCUUUCACACUCUUCUGAGAGCUGCUUCUUAGAGAGGUGAGUGAGGCUUUCACCACAGCCAAGGGACUGAUCAAGCCAAGUAUUGACCCCAUAAACUGUCUCCAAGACCCGUGCAGUCAUCCAAGCAUGAACAGCUGACAUCUCAUGCCAGGCUCUUGAAAACCACUCUUUCGCCUCCUUGUUCAUUUUCUUCGAAUACCGUACCUUUCACUUGGUACCAUUUUUUCCUCUUCUCAGAGAAUGUUCUUCUUAGCAUCAGUGUCCCUCUGUUCACCUCCAUGCUAGUUCCAAAUAUGGCAACCUCUUUUGAAAAUGUAUGAAUUCCCUCAGAAUGGUAUCAAAUGGGAAUAGCAGUCUUUAAUUUUCACCUUUCAACUGCAUUUUCCCCUCAAAUUAAUGGUUUAAAACCACAGCCAGCAAUAUGUAUCUUUUCUCUCAAGCUCAGAAAAAUUAGGUAGCUACCUGCGAAUACCCAGCAAGUGAUUAGAUCUGCAUUAUGAGAAUAAAGUAGUUUUUCACAUUUUUUUUUGUUUAGCUUAUGGUAUUAUAAAGGAAAGAUCUCUAUGCAUCUGUGGAUUUUAAUUUCUUUAGAAUCAUUCAUUAUGCUGUUAAGAGUAUGCCAGCAAAACUUUAU